AUAUAAGAUAUAUGCUAUUGGCAUAUACACGAAAUCACGACAAAGAGUGAAGACUCUACGCGACGGGAGCGCGACCGAGCGUUGUGUAUGCUACAGUAGUCCGUUUGCACAGCCAAGGACUUACUGGUGUUCGAUAGGCCGCAUCACAUGCGCAUUCUGUUACACUGAUACACAGAGUUAUUAAGGUUAACCCAUUAAUGGCAAAGCACGUUUUCUGCACGUCGGCGUUGCCCUCCAUGCCAGCUGUGCGCUGGGCCUAGACCAUUUUAGGCAGACCCACUUCUAGCCAACAUACCUCCACCAAGUCUGGUCUGCAGAAGUUAGAAAUGGCUUCCAAUUCAGCGCUGGAUGAAGUAGACGAGCCCCUUAACCACAGCGAUUCGCAGGCUGCAGUGCCUAGCCAGCUUUCAUCCGAUUACAGAUGGUUCAACCCAAUGCACUGCCAGGGAAAGUACUCUGACCAAGUUCGCCGUGGACCGUCUGCGCUGGCACGCAAUUAUCGCGGCACUUACAAUCGACGGUCCAUUCUGUCCGCCUCUUUUUUCGCCAGCGACGAGCAAGCAGCCAGCGAGAGCAGCUCAAGCGAUAACAGUCUUGGCGGCAGCACUGCCGGCGCCGACCCAUGCCAAUCGCCAUCAUCCCAGCUGGGUUCCCUGCCCCAACCGCAGUCCCACCCAGCAACCGACGCUUCCACCACCACUGCCUCCCAGCUCCCUUCUCCCGCCCUCGCCACCGCCUUCCUAACCGAGACCUCCAACCCGCUCUGCUCCGAAGCCAGCAAUGCCGCCAGCUCAGUCGGUAGCGAGAUCGCCUGGAAGCCCCUCCCGCCGCAGCCCCUCUCCGACGUCUCCGCCCGCCUGCGAACCCUCCCUGCCAUCCACCUCCGCGCCCUAGCCUCCCUGGCUCGCCUGCAAGUGCCGCUAGGCGCCCCCCAGGCGGUGACGGCCCUGGGCGCCUCGCUAGACCUCUCGGCAGCUGAGCAGCCCUGGCGACGGCAGUGCGCCAACCCGCUGUUCGGCGGUGAAGCGGCAGCCGCUGCUGCUGCUGCCGCCGCUGGCGGCGGCGCCGCAGCGGGUGGCGGUUUCGAGAGGGGCGGCGGCGGCGGUCGUUGGAGUCAGCGGCAGUUGCAGCGGACGGGGUCGGCUUCGCCGACGAUGCCCUCGUCAGACGGCGGUUCGCCGCAUGCCGCAGGCGGCGACGCCGCUGCGUUGCUUCAAGAGCUGUUGCGUCUUCAGUUGAUCACUGUCGUACAGCGAUCCGGCGGCGACAUAGACGGACAGUCGCCUGGACUGCUCUGGCGGCAAUCUUUCGCCACCUCCGCCGCCGCCGCAACCAUCAACAACAACCCUGCCAGCGACGCCGGCAGCGGGGCCAUGCUGCAGAUUACUUCCGUUGGCGGCGGCGGCGCCCCCGGUGGCGGGUCCGGUAGCAAGGGCGGCGGCGGCAGCGGCGUCUUGAGCCGUUACCGCAGCACCGGCGGCGGAAGCUGCAAGCCCCUCGGCCCUUCCCGCACGCGCUGCGAGGCGCUCCGAAGCCAGGAGAGCAGCCGCGGCGGCUGUAGCAGCGCCAGCACCUCCCUCGGAGGCAGCAGCAGCCUCAGCAGCUGUGACUACCCGCUUAUCUCCGAAACCACGAACCGCGUGGUGAAGACGGUUCACUGGGCGCCCGAGGAGCGCUGGGAGGUGGUGGUAGUUCCGCUGCAUGUGCAGCAGGCGGUGCUCAGCUCCGUGGCGGCGUUGGAUCUGGAUCUGGCUCCGGUUGAUCCCGGAGCGACGGCGGUGGCGGCGGCGGCGGCAGGCGGCGGAGCAGACGACGCUGUUGCCGUGGAGGCGAAUGCGGCGGCGGAUGGAGAGCAGGAUGAGGAAGGCGGCGACGGCGGCGAUGGCGGCCGUAUCGCGUCGGCGGAGGUGGCGCAGCAGCAGGAAGAUGAGCAGCCGCAGCAGCAGCAACAGCAGGCGGCGACGGAUGGCGACGUCCGCGGCUCUGGCGGCGGUUCGUCUUCCUGCAGCGCCGCCGCUUUGCAGCAUGUUGACCGCGCCGCUAGCCGCGCGCUACAGCUGCUUGCAUGGGACCUGGCGCAGCGCAUGCGGCUAGCGCUGACCGUCACAACGGCCUGCGGUUGCACGGGCUGCGGUUGUGGUUGCGGCUGCCAGGGCAACGGAGGGCGGUUGCAGGCGCAGGUCGACACCAUGAGUCGACUGGUGGAGAUAAACGGACACCUGGCGGCGCCGCCACCUGCCGACGACGCAUCGGCGGAUGACCUGACGGAGGUGUCGUUCGGCGGCGCGGCGGCGGCAGGCCCGGCGGACGUCAAGUGGAUUUCCGGGCUGCAAGGAUGGGAGCGCGGCGACACAAUGGGCGGCGGCGGCGGUGGCGGUAACGGCGGCGGCAGCACCGGUGGCGGCGGCGGAGGCGGGUGCUACACGGAGGAAUGUACGGCGGCGCAGCAGCUUGCGGCGGCGGCGGCGCUGGUGGAGUUGUCGCGCGCAUUGCUAGCGGCGGUUGAGGGUGGUUGGAUGGAGCGCCACGGCGCCACGCUAGCGGGCUGUCCGCUGACGUGGCCCAUGGCGCGACUGGCGACGGCGCUGUCUAGCUGGAUCCGCGGCGGCGACGGCGAGGGCGACGGCGGCGAGGCUGCGGUUGAGGAGGAGGUGGAGGGUAGCUUGGCGCUGAGGCUGUGGCGGAGCAGGGUUGCGUUGCUGAAGUCCCGCGAGCAGCCGCUGGCUGGGGUGCUCGUGGAGUGCGGUAGCGACCUGAGUGAGGAGGGGGAGAUGGAGGCUUACCUACUGGCAGCUGAGGUGCUCGCGGAGAUGGAGGAGGAGCGGCUGGUGGGGAUGGCGGCGGUGAGGGAGGAGGAGGAGGAGGAGGGAGGGAUGCAGCAGCUGCAGCAACAGGUGGUGACGCUGGAGGAGUUGGAGGAGGUCAUGGCGGUUGCGCUGCCCCCGGUGGCGGAAGAAGAGGAGGAGGAGGCGGAGGAGAAAGAGGAGGAGGAGUGUGAGCUGGUUAGCGAGAAGGACACUACUCCCGAGGUGGUCUCCGCACCCUCCCAGCCGCUGCUGCCUGCCAGCCCGCUACCUGCGGCCAGCCCCGCAGGAGACCAACAGCAGCAGCAGCAGCGGUUCGGCAGCAGUGGCGGCAGUGGCAAUACCCCCUCGCCGCCGCCGCUUGAGGUUCCUGGGGCAGCCAUGCAGCAGCAGCUGGACGGCCAGCAGCAGCAGCAGCCGCAGGAGGAGGCGCACCAACAGCUGCCUCCACCGACACUGCAGCAGCAGGAGGAGGAGGAGGAGGAGUCUGACUUGCUGGGGCAUCAGCUCCUUCUGCCACCGCCGCCAAUGCCAGAGCAACAGCAGCCCCGGCGGCAGCAGCAACAGCGCGGACCGGAGCAGCCACGCAGCGAGUUAUGCGCGUCAGAACAACAACAGACCGAUGGCGGAUGCACUGCUGCUGCUGCUGCUGCUCCGGAUAUUGACACCACAGUAGUUGUUUCGAAGCUCGCGGCAGCGGCGGAGGAAGUCCGGGAGGCAGCCCGCCUGCUGGCGGCGGCACACGCCUUGCUGCCGCCGUCGCAGCUGCAGUACGGUACGGCGAUGCUGCUGACGGCGCCGCCGGGGCUGUACGGCAACGAGCCGGCGGCAGCGGCGGAUGAUGAUGACGGCGGCGCUGCUGCUGCUGCUGCGGAGGUGGUUGCGGCUGCUGGUGAGAUGUUGCGUGGUGCGAUCAGGCGCGCGCGGGCUGCUCAGGAGGCGCUGGCGGAGGCGGAGGCGGCGGGUGGUGGUGAAAAGGAGGAGGCUGCCGGCGCCAGCCCGGAGGAGGCGCAUCUACGAACCUCGGCAGCACUCCUGGCGGCACGCGGGCUCCUCCUGAGCGCCGGACUGAGCCUGGCGGCGCCGACGGCCGUCACCGCUGACGCCGCGGCGGUGGCGGAGGCGGCGACGGCGGUGGCGGAGGCGGAGGUCCUGCUGACGGAGGCACUGAGGUCUCUGACGGCGGACAACGCUGGGUGCUAUGGGGCGCCGGAGACGGAGCCAGCGGCGGCGGUGGGUGAUGACGUCACCAGCCUGACGCCGAUUGCCGUACAUGAUGUGUGCGCGCUGCUGGCGGAGGCGGCGGCGCUGCAGGGUGUCGUACGGGAGGCUCGGGGCCAGGUGGCGGGGGCGGCGUGGCGGUACGAACGCGCGCUGGAGCUUUGCCAGCAGACCCCUGGGUCACUGCCAGACUCCCUCCUCCUGCUCAACGCCGCCGCCACCGCCGCGCGAGCCCGUUGUGCGGUACGACUGGCGGCACUGACGCCGUACGCCACCCCCUCCAAUCCGAGCACCCCCGCGUCGUCGCGCAUGUGCACGCCGAGGGACGGCGCCGCCUCCACCGCCGGGAAGGCCCUGGCGGCGGCGGCGGCUCGCGCUCUGGCGGCGGGCGCGGCGCCGAGCGAGCCGAAGGACCCAUGGGUCACUCCGUGGGACCUGCCGUGGUACGCCUUGGGCCGCGCCAAGUCUACGGAGGGCGACUUCUGGGGGUAUAAUGCCUGGAGCGAGGAUGCGGAGGCUGAGGGCGCCGACGCCGCGUGGGCGCAGCCGCUGCCGCCGCCGUCGACAGCGCCGCCGCCGUGCAUGCGAGUGGUGUUGGCGGCGGCAGCGGCGCUGCCGCAGCUGGCGGCUGAGUAUCGUUACGUGGUGGAGGCCCUGACGCGUGGUGAGCAGCUGACGCCGCCGUCAGCGGACGCAGGGGCCGACUCGGCGCUCGCGGCUGACGGCGACGUCGCGGUGCCUGACGCGGCGGCGGCGCCGCUGGCGGGUGUGGCGCUCACGCUGGCGCGUCUACAGCUGCUGGCGGCGGCGGCUCCGCCCUGCAGCGGCGACAGCCUCCGUCAGGGCCAGCGUUCGCAGCUGCUGCGAGAGGCCGCCGCCGCCGCCUCGGAGGCAGCAUGCUGGCUGGGGUGGCUGCCGGGUCGUGCUGAGAGUACGGCAACAGCAGCAGCACCGGCGGCGGCAGCGGCAGCUGUACGGCAGCCCGUGUGGUGGUCGCGGCUACGGCACCCCGAGGCGGCGCUGCUGGCGGCGGUGUGUCUGGCGGCUACGGCGAGGCCGUACGUGGUGCCGCCGCAGUCGCUGGGAGCUGCAGGUGUGGGGGAGGUGGAGGGGGCUGCUGCGGCUGCGGCGGCUGCGGCAGGAGAAGCACCGCCGGCUGAGGUGACGGCGGCGGAGGUGGAGGUGGAGGUGCCGUCGUACGAUCCUGCCUGGGACCUGGCCUGGGAGUGGGGCAAGCGGGCACUGAAGGCCCGUCAGCAGCUGUACGGCGCCACCUCCGAGCCCUCCCUGGAAGUGCAGGCGCUGCUGGCGCACGUGGCGGGAGCCGGCAUGGGGUUGUGGCACGCCGCGGAGCCGCUGCUGGUGUCGCUGAUCGCACUGCGCAGCGAGGCGCUCAGCCCCGCCGCCCCCGCCACCCAGGCGGCUGCGUGCGCCUAUGCGGAGCUGCUACUGGCGCACAACAGGCUCCGUACGGCCGACAGCUUCCUGGCCCGGCUGGUCCCCCGGGUCAAGCGCCACUACCGCGCAGUACUCCGGGAGCGAUCCGCCGCCGCCGGCAGCAACACCGGCAGCAACAACCGUACCCCCGCCGGCAGCGGCGCCGCUGGCGGCAGCGGCAGCGGCGGCAUGACUCGUACGGCAGCCCGUACCGAGCAGGCGGAGGCGGCCGCAAGUGACACCGGUGCCGCUCCCUUGCUGGCGCUGCAGCGGCGGUUGGGCGAUAUCCGCCGUACGACAGCGUCUCCGCGAGCAGCAGGAGGAGCGCUGCCGUCACCGCGGCAGCUGUCGUCAGCCCGACUGCUGCUGCAGUCCUCGCCACGCACACAGGCAGCCCUGCUCAGCCCCCGCAUGCUGCCGCUGCCCCCGACGCCGGCCUCCCCUCAGCAGCGACCGGCGACUCCGCGCGGAGUGGUCAUGUCCUCACCGCCGCUGACGCCGCGUGUGGCCGCAACCGCCGCCGCCGCAGUCGCUGUUUCCGCUGGCGCCGCCGCCGCCGCCAUUGAGGCGUCGCAGUCGCUUUCCUCCGCCGCCGACGGCCUCUUCGUCGCCGGCGGCGGCGGCGGUCGCGGCGUGAUGUCGGCGGGCGCCAGCGGGCCGCUGUCGGGACGUUCCUCGGGUGUGCAUGUGCGGAGCCUGCAGGCGGUGGCGGAGGAGCCGGAGGCGGAAGAGGAGGUGGGAGGGGGUGCGACGGUGGCGACGGCGGCGGCGGCGGCGGAGGUGGAGAUUGAGGCAGCGACGGAGGCGGUGUGUGGGGUGACGGAGGAGGAGACGGCAAUGCUGACGUCGCUGUUGGGCGGAGGGGCGGCGGCUGAGGGCGUGGCGGAGGUGGAGGUGGAGGCACCGCCGCUGAUCCGUUCGGAGGUGGUUGUGGAGGCGACGUCGGAGGGGGGGAGCUCCUGGGGCAUGCGACGGGGAAGCGGUGUGGCUUCCUGGGUGCUGCCGGCGGGUGUGGAUUUGUGCGGGGCGGCGGUGGUGGUGGUGAGUGGGUCAAGGGGGCCAACGGCGGGUGGUGCGGGAGAGGGACUGGGGAAGGGGGCGGAGGGGGGGAAGAGGGGCGCGGCAGCGGCGGGGGCGGUGGCUGCGGAUUUGCUGGCGGCGGUCGUUGAGGCGACGCAGAGGCAGCAGAGCGCGGUGAGCCCGAGGGGGUGAUGGAGGAGGUGGGCGCGGUUGGUUUCGGUGCGUGGGGAGGUGCUGCUUGGGUGGCGUUGUGUUUUAAUGGUUGAGGUAUAAUGCGAUGCGGGUGAGGGCCCUAUCCUGGUUGUGUAAUUAACCGAUAGAGAUUAAUCAUUUUAGUCUUUUGCCCAUCGGUAGUUGCGAGCCCAUGUACAUAGCGACGUCUGCGUUGAGAAGACGGUUUAUAUCAUCUUUGUGUGAAAUUGAUGAGGUUUCCUGACGUACUAUAUUAUAUUAUAUACUAGGGGGAAUGGUAUUUGAUGGAACCAUGGGUCACAAAGGGUUCUUUCCCACCUGCUGUCCGCCCCACAGCUUUGACCUCUCAAAGAGGCAAUUGUCAUAUCCAUGUAUAUACAGAGGUUUUGCGUAAGUCCAGGUGAAUACAGUUAACCCAGUGGGUGGUUGUGGAUGGGUGGUUACCUUACAUGACUGUGGAGAGAUGGUUAACCCCUGACAUUUGUGUAUCGACACGUCCCAAUGAAAUUAUUUUGGUUAGUGCCUUGCUGUUACGGGGGCUCUUUUCUCCUAUGUAUUGUACGUCUUACGCUGUUUUCCUCUUCCUUGCGCGUCUGUUGAUGCCGGCAUUUGCAUACAACCAUCUGUAGGGGUCCCCUAUAGUGUUGCCUACUAACUACUAACCACACAUAGCGAUUGGUGCGUGGGAAUCAAGCAGCCCAUGUUUAUUUGUUUGGAGAGCUGCUGCGCUUCGCCGUAUACGUUGACGUUCGGCGCCCCAUAGUUGACUGAACGCGUGCGCAGUUAACCCGUAUGGUAUACCGCUCCCUCUGUUGUGUUUUCAACGCGUAGGGUCACACGCGUUGCCCUUUCAUUACUUGGGUGUAUCUUACAAAACGUCUGCUGUGAGUAGAUGUGGCUCAUUCACGCAGGCGCACCAUUCAUUUCAAAGCUGUAAACCCCAAAUAUACACCUCAGACGAGCCCAGC